GUCAGCUCUUGCUUAUAAUGUUCGUGUUUUUAUUGAACAGGUUCUCCACUUUCAGGUAGAUCAACAGCCUCACCAUGUGCGGUAUCUGGGCCCUGUUUGGGAGUGAUGAAUGCCUUUCUGUCCAGUGCCUGAGUGCCAUGAAGAUAGCACACAGGGGUCCCGAUGCGUUUCGCUUUGAGAACGUCAAUGGGUUCACCAACUGCUGUUUUGGUUUCCACCGCCUUGCGAUUGUUGAUCAGUUAUAUGGCAUGCAGCCUAUCCGGGUGAAGAAAUUCCCGUAUCUGUGGCUGUGUUACAAUGGAGAAAUCUACAAUUUCAAACAGCUGCAGAAGCAGUUUGGAUUUGAAUAUCAAACGUUGGUGGAUGGCGAGGUUAUCCUUCAUCUUUACAACAGAGGAGGAAUAGAACAAACAGCAUCCAUGCUGGAUGGUGUAUUUGCUUUCAUCCUUCUGGACACCGCAAACAGAAAAGUGUUUUUGGCGAGAGAUACCUAUGGAGUCAGACCACUGUUUAAGGUGCUGACUGAUGAUGGAUUUUUGGGUGUCUGUUCUGAGGCAAAAGGACUUACCAACUUAAAGCAUGCAGCAUCCUUAUGUCCUAAAGUGGAACCAUUUCUCCCAGGUCAUUAUGAAGUGUUGGAUUUAAAGCCCUCUGGCAAGGUUGCAUCAGUGGAAUUAGUAAAAUUUCAUAGCUAUAAAGAUGAACCACUCCAUGCUGCGUAUGAUACAGUGGAAACUCUGCCUUCAGGCUUUGAUCUUGAAACAGUGAAAAGCAACAUCCGUACUCUGUUUGAAAAUGCUGUUAGAAAACGUUUGAUGGCUCACAGAAGGAUUGGUUGUCUUUUGUCAGGGGGCUUAGAUUCCAGCUUGGUUGCAGCUGUUCUUCUGAAACUGAUGAAAGAAAUCAACAUCAAUUAUCCAUUGCAAACCUUUGCAAUUGGAAUGGAAAACAGCCCUGACUUGCUGGCUGCCAGAAAGGUGGCAGCACAUAUAGGCAGUGAACAUCAUGAAGUAAUAUUUAAUUCUGAAGAGGGAAUUCAGGCAAUAGAGGAGGUUAUCUUCUCCUUGGAAACCUAUGAUAUAACAACAGUAAGAGCUUCAAUUGGUAUGUAUCUUGCCAAAUAUAUACGGAAGAAAACAGACAGUGUGGUCAUUUUUUCAGGAGAAGGAUCAGAUGAGCUGACACAAGGAUAUAUAUAUUUCCAUAAGGCACCAUCUCCUGAAGAAUCUGCAGAAGAGAGCGAAAGGCUUCUGAAGGAGCUCUACCUGUUUGAUGUACUUCGUGCAGACAGAACUACUGCAGCACAUGGUCUUGAACUGAGAGUCCCAUUUUUGGAUCAUCGGUUUACUUCUUAUUAUUUAUCUCUACCACCAGAUAUGCGAAUCCCAAAGAAUGGAAUUGAAAAAUACCUUCUAAGACAGUCCUUUGAAGAUUCCAACUUGCUUCCCAAAGAAAUACUCUGGAGACCCAAAGAAGCUUUCAGUGAUGGUAUAGCAUCAAUAAAGAAAUCCUGGUUUUCUAUUCUUCAGGACUAUAUUGAUCAACAGGUUGAUGACCUUCUGCUGGAAAAGGCAGCGGAGAAAUACCCUUUCAAUCCUCCUAAAACGAAAGAAAGUUAUUACUACCGCCAGAUCUUUGAAAAGCACUACUCAGGGCAAAGCGGAUGGCUGCCCCACUACUGGAUGCCAAGAUGGGUUAAAGCUACUGAUCCUUCUGCUCGCACGUUAAAACAUUACAAGUCAGCUACCCAAGAAUAGGCGGUGGAAAUAAUCCCCCUAAUAGAAGUGCUGCAAGCAAUUUGCAUGCACUCUGCUUUAAAAAAAAAAAAAAAACACAAACAAA